CGGUACACAGGAAACGCUCAAAAUGGGUUGCACCGCCACGAAGAUGCAGAACGCAAUCGCAGGAGCGGAAAACGAUAAAAACGGCGUGACCGACGUCGCCUCGGCCGCCAAGGACGCCGCCAAGGACGCCGCCAAGGACGCCGCCAAGGACGCCGCCAAGGACGCCGCCAAGGAGGCUGUGGCUUCGUCAGGGCUGAGCGCCGAGGAGGCUGAGGUGGUGGCGGAGGUGGCGACGGCGGCGGCGGCGGCGGUGGCGGACCCUGCGGCGGCGCUGCAGGCGGCGAAGACUGCGGUGGCGAACCCUGCCCCCGUGGCUGCCAAGACGUUGGGCCUGAUGAAGCGCGCGGCGUACACUAAGGUUGAGGCGGCGACGGCGGCGGCGGCGACGGCGAAGCAGGCGGCGCAGGCGGCGCAGACUGCGGUGACGGACCCUGCGGCGGCGGCGGCGGCGGCGAAGCAGGCGGUGCAGACUGCGGCGGCGGACCCUGCCCCCGUGGCUGCCAAGACGGUGGGCCUGAUGAAGCGCGCGGCGUACGAAGCCGACCCACUCUCCGCCGCCGCCGUGGAGCACGUGGCGCUCCCGCUCUCGGCAAAGGUCGGCGCGCGUGUCGGAAAGUCUGCGAGGACCGCUGCAGCCAAGGUCAAGCCGGCGGCCAAGGAGCCCAAGGUCAAGCCGGCGGCCAAGGAGCCCGAGCCGGUCGUCGCAGACGAGUCCUCGGACCCCGACGAGGAGGAGUGAACGAUGCGCUCGACGCCGAGUCCCAAUCCGUUUGACCGUCUCAUGGGUUGGCUCAGACUCUCGCGAGGUGAGGGCCCAGCGUGGGAAGGGCCCCCCGUUUUGUGCUCGGAUUUAGAUAUAGUGUCCAGUGGUCGAAUUGUGUCGGCGGGCCGAGUGUCGUUUCGCCUCUGUCGUUGGUCCUGGGAUCCGGGUCAGCGUGGUUGUGGGAGAGCCCUGCAAUCGGCCUGCGCGUGGCGCCACCGGAUCGUGACGCUCUGUGCUGCUAGUGUAAAAAAUACGCAAGCGAUUUGUC